AUGAACAGCCAGUUGACAGUAUUAAUACCAUUGAAAGUCAAAAGUUACUGGACAAAAAUUAAUACUAUUGAAAAGGGUAACAAUUUGGCAGACAAAAUUGAAUUCAUAUUUAAGGGUACUGAAAAAUUAUCUGAAAGAAUUACUACUGUUCAAUUUUACAGUCAUGUGGUCAUUAGCAGGACCUUGGUGCUGACUGGCAAGUGGGAAGCCCUCUAUGACGAGAUCAGCCAGUUUCGAAAGGCCUGCGGGGAGGCUCAUCUCAAAACCAUCCUAGCCACAGGAGAGCUCGGCUCUCUCACCAACAUCUACAAAGCCAGCCUAGUAGCAAUGAUGCCAGGGUCAGAUUUUAUUAAGACUUCUACUGGAAAAGAAACGGUAAAUGCCACCUUCCCGGUAGCCAUCGUAAUGUUACGGGCCAUUAGAGAUUUCUUCUGGAAGACUGGAAAGAAGGUAGGCUUUAAACCUGCAGGAGGCAUCCAGACUGCGAAGGAGUCCCUAGCAUGGUUCUCUCUUGUAAAGGAAGAGCUGGGGGACGAGUGGCUGACCCCGGACCUCUUCGGGAUAGGGGCCAGUUCUCUGCUCUUAGACAUUGAGAAGCAGAUAUACUACUAUGUGAUUGGACAAUAUCCAGCUUAUUGCGAUCUUCCAAUGUCUUAG